AGCCAUUUUGGCUCAAGCCUGGCUCGGGCGCGCGGCGGCGGGCGCUUGGGCAUGAUGGCGCGGGCGGGGACGCUGGGCAGCGUUCCUGGUGCUGCGCGCGCUUGCCUCGGCGAGCCGGGGCGGACGCGCGCGGAGCGUUCUGCGGCUCGGAGGCGGGCGCUCGAGGCAGCGGGCAACGGAGUGAAGGCGGCGCUCGCGGAGGCAGCAGUCCUGCGCAGCGAGCUGGAGGCCGUUCGGCGGUGCUUCGCGCCCUGCGCGGGCGACGCUGAGCUGGCCGACCGCCUGGAGGCGAUCGUGCCCGCGCUGACGGCCUUGCUGCGGGGAGUGGCCCCCGAGCAGGAGGAUGCAGUGCGGAGGAAUGUGGCUCUCCACGCCGACGCCCCUGGGGUCAGGGUUGCGUCGGCGUGUGGCCUCACCCUGCGGCGGCUCCAGCGGUCCGCCAGGCUGGAGGCGAGGCGAGAGCGCAAGAUCGAGCGCCACGUUGAGAUUUGCGAGGCGGAGGCGCUGCCGCAGCUUGGCCGAGUUGUGGCCCUGCGCACGGCGUUGCGGUCGGCUCCGAGGCCCUUCGCCCCAGCUGGGAUUGACCCCGUUGCCGGCGGCGGCGGCGCCCAGGUGAUGCAGGCCCAGAUCGACGUCGAUGAGUGCGACGAGGCGCAGCAGCAGCUUAAAAUGGAGUUCGAGCUGGCUGGGCGCGCCAGCGUUGGGCGUGGCGCCCGCAUCGGCGAUUGCUACGUGCCCUCCCCUCUCUUCCCUGGGGUGUCGGAGGUUGACUGCGAGGUGGACUUCGUGCAGGCCGCGGGCGCUAUGGCGGCGCCGCCGCGCGCUGCUGGCGAGUGCUCCGACUCCGACGGCGUGAUCCUCGACGGCGAGGCCGACGUGGCCACCGCUUGCUCGGUUGGGGGGCCGCCAGCUGCAGAACCUGCUGGACGCGUUGCUGCCGCCGCCGCCGCGUACCUCGACGCCUUCCCGCAGGCCCUCUUCCGUGGGGGCGGCGGCGCCAGGGCUCGAGGCGAGGUCGCGGCUCGUGAUUGGUGGCGUGCGAGAGCGGCCGUCGCCCGCGCUUGGCUCACGGCUGAUUCCGCGACGGUGCAGGCGCCCUCGGAUGAAGGAGCGAGCGUUGGAGGCAUUGCAGGCGGGGCGCCGCUGCCUCCAGGCUUGGAAUCGAGGAGUGGUUGGAGCAGCGUGGUUGGUGCUCCUUGUGAGACGUCUUUUCCUUGCGUGUUCGGAAUGCCUUCUGGGUGAUGGUUCGCCUUGCACGUCUGUUCCCCAUUGGAGGUGGGGGGCUGUGGUUGUUGAGUGGGUUAUGUCUCCUGCAUUUGAAUGUGCACGUGGUGUAUUUGCAAUGCAAUUGAGCUUGGGUUGUGAUCAUGCGUAGCUUCUGUUCUCGCAGUGCUUGCAUGAUUGGCUUGGGCGGGUUGGGGACCAGAACCAGUGGCUGUGCCGUCCGCCUUCCCUGGCCGCCCACUGCAGGUGUUUUACGUGGACAUAUGCAUGGGCCUCCAUGCGGAGGACGUGUCGGCAACGCGCCGAUAUGCAGACGCUGUUGUGAUCACACACUUCCUGAGGGCUUGUGGCGCUCUCGCUCUUUACGCGCCACUCAACGCGCGGGGCCAGGCGGCCAUCUUUCCAGACCAGGGGUCGUGUCUCUGGACUCGGCUUUUUUUCGGGGCGCGGGCCCCGUCUGGCCCUGUCUGCGUUUCUGGCCACCACUUGCCUUGAAGGCCCCGUACACAGAAGCACCAGGCGCGCAGCAGAACACACC